AUGUCCCCUUCAGAGUUAAAAUUACCAAAACUGCAUUCGUGGGCAUAUCAUAUAAUUGAUUCAAUUCGAUCAUUUGGUGCAGUUAAUGGAUACACUACGGAGACUUACGAAAGCCUUCACAAAGAAUACGUUAAGAAACUCUACCGAUUAAGUAAUAAAAAAAAUAUUGAAGUUCAAAUAAUGAAAAUAGCAACUACUAUCCCUCGUAUAUUUAAAUUUACAGCAAUACUUUUCAAAUUUCUAUUAAAAGAUGCCCAUGAUUUUUUUGUAGAACAGGCUAAUAUAGACCACAAAAUGAGAUAUGGAUUUGACAAUUUUUUGGAAUGUUUAAAUCUGUAUAUGGAUCACAAAAGUAUUGCAAAUAAAAGCCAAGUGACAAUAUACAGAUCAGUUAUAAUAGAAAAUGGUGCAAUAAUGCGUGCUACUAACAGUUAUUAUGGCAGACCUUGGUAUAGUAAUGUGUCUGUUCGUAUGAAUUCUGAUGAAUUAUUUGAUUACGCUUCUGAUCAAGGCAUUUGUUAA